AUGCGAACAUUCGUGAAUGUCGACGCGCUCACGUUACUCGGAAUUAAUUUAUUGUACUGGUACCUCGGCACGGUAACGGCCAGUGGCGGAGCUCUUGACUCCACUCCAACCUUCCAGACCAGUGCUCCAAGCACUCCACAUUCCAAGAUUACAGCCUUCUCCGCUACCCUCACUGAUGGACUGGCUCAGGCAGUGGCUCAUGAAUCCACUACAGAUACCUGUAAUGAAGACCUAGCUUGCAUCACUAUGGCUUCUCACGAUCGAUUAGGUUUAGAGGCUAUUAAAUCUCUUCACAGUCAAUUAGAUGAUGAUGCUAAUGGAAAUGUCGAUUUAUCUGAAUCGGAUGAUUUUUUGAGAGAAGAAUUACAGUAUGAAGCUGGUUAUGAAAGGAGACAAAGAGCUUUCCAUCACAAUGACGACAUGCACAUUAGCGUACGAGAGCUCUGGGAGGCCUGGUUGCGAUCAGAAGUUCAUAAUUGGACUAUAGAACAAACAUCAGAAUGGCUGACUUUCAACGUUGAGCUUCCUCAAUAUGUUCCUACUUUUAUACAGCACCGUGUAACUGGUGCUACACUUCCUCGAUUAGCUGUAAACAAUAUGCAUUAUCUUAGCAACGUUUUGGGUAUUAAAGAUCCUAUCCACAAACAAAAAAUUGCUUUAAAAGCAAUGGACGUUGUUCUUUUUGGACCUCCUAAAGAUGCUGGACACAACAUCAAGGAUUUGGUACUGGUUACAUUAUUAUUUGGAGCACUUAUUGGAUGUUGGUACGUAUAUCAACAAAAGAAAAAUUCACAAAAGCAUUUACAUAGAAUGAUGAAGGACAUGGAAAGUUUGCAUAAAGCGGAACUUGCGUUGGAAAAUUUGCAGAAAGAACUGGAAAGAGCAAGAAUGGAACAAGAAAGUGCGGCUACCGAAAAACAGAAUUUAGAAAAACGUUUGCAGGAUGAAAGCUUGGGAUUACAUACUUCGUAUUCGGAUCUUGAAGUAUCGCAAUUGAAAGCGGAAAUUGAAAUGUUAAAGUUAGAGUUACAACGUGCCGAAGGUGAACUCGAAGAUAGGUGUUGGUCGCCACCAGCUGGAUUGCAGCACUGGUUACAGUUGACUCAUGAAAUUGAAAACAAGGCUUAUACGAAUAAAAAAAUAGCAGCUGAGAAACAACUUCAACAAGCACGAGAAGCGUGCGAAAAGUUGCGAAAAAAACGUUCCAGCCUGGUAGGAGCCUUUGUUUCGACCCAUGGAAAAUCUAUCGAUGAAGUUGACAAAAGUAUAGUUGAAGCGAGAACUGCAUUGAAUGAAGUAACAAAUGAGUUGAAAGAAAGAGUACAUCGUUGGAAGCAGAUUGAAUUACUCUGCGGUUUUAAUAUAAUUAACAAUAACGGUUUAAAUUAUUUAGAGACAGUUUUGUACAGAGGAACACCUAAUGGUAGAGGUCUUGGAUUCAGAGGACGACUUAGUAGUCAAGAUGAUUUAGACGAUGAGGCAAGUUCAGUGUAUGCAUCGUCAUCGGUCAGUGCAGUUGCUGCAGGUAUUUUGGAGAACUCUGCAUGGAAGGAGUCGUCGAUACCUCCUGGCAAUCGGUUCGGAAAUGAACUCUCCGAUUCUUCGAGCAGCGAAGCGGAGAAAGAGACACACGGGAUUGUCCAAUUUAUACUGGGCGAUGGAUCGGAAGAACCCUUCUGCGGAACCUCCGGAAAGACUGCAUUGUAUAAAGAAAGAUCUAAUAUUAUACGUUCUUAUAGCCAAGACACAAAUAUGCAAGUCAACGAAGAUAAGGGAUCGUCAUUUCUGCCGAAAACGUCGUAUUCGGAAAAUUCACUGUCUGACAAAUCUGGUUAUCGUACAACGUUGAUGCCUACAAUAAUGACGAUGACGACGACGACGAUGAUGACGACAAUGCCGACGAUGACGACGAUGAUGACGACAAUGCCGACGAUGACGACGAUGAUAACGACAAUGCCGACGAUGACGACGACGACGACGACGACGACGACAAAUACAACGGGUGCUAAGAAAUUGUUUAAAGAAUUACCUACGGUAAUGUCAGUCGACGACGAGACGCUAUCGACUGAUUCCAAUUCUACAGCUGAUAACGAUGAGCUUAAACGAAGACGUAGGAAGCUACACUUUCCAGCCUUUAGAAAGAACAAAACUAAAAUUACGUGAUACCCGCUAGUCACAUAAUCUCAUUUGUUACUUAAUUGCUAUAUCCGUUACAAUUUAAUAGUUGUAAUCACGACACGCACUUAGAAUUAUUUUACCAGUGAUUUCACAGCCACGCAAAAAAGAAAAAGUGGUCUCGCCUGUAUAUCAGACCCAUGUAUUCUUAUGGAUUUUGGACUGCUGAAUCCAAAUCUGAUGUCAGAAUUAGUAGAUUAGUUCGCUGUUUUGAGAAAAACAUCAGCGAAAGUGUUUGUUUUCUGGAUUUUCGAGCUUUUUUGAGAUUUCCUCGAAACAACGAACCAAUCCACCAAUUCUGACAUCAGAUUUGGAUUCAGCAGACUAAAAUCCAUAGGAAUACAUAAGUCUGGUAUACAGGCCAUUUUUUUUGUGUAACUGUGCACAGCCACAUACGCAAAAAAAGUAGUCUGGCCUGUAUACCAGAUCCAUGUAUUUCUAUGGAUUUUGGCCUGCUGAAUCCAAAUCUGAUGUCAGAAUUGGUAGAUUGGUUCGCUGUUUCGAGAAAAUUUAAAAAAAAACUUGAAAAUCCACGAACACUUUCGCUGAUGUUUUUCUUGAAACAGCGAACUAAUUUACCAAUUCUGACAUCAGAUUUGGAUUCAGCAGCCCAAAGUCCAUAGGAAUACAUGGGUCUAGUAUACAGGCCAGACUACUUUUCCUUUUUUGUGUGGCUGUGUUAUUAAUUGUUAGACUAUUAUUCAUGUGACAUACAUACACAAACACAUAAACAUUCUCUAUUUCUUCCUUUUUCUUGUCUCUUUCUUUUUUAUCUUUCUUUGCGCGUAUAAACUUAUGGAAAUGUAACUACCAUUUAGGAUGUUUGUUGCCUCGGUGUUUCUUCCAAACUUUGCCAAACUUGCAUAUGUGCGAAAUAAUGAAAUACGAAUUGACAGGUACACCAUGGAGAGACAUUCGAUCUAGAUAAAUAAGUUUUUAGAAUUGAAAUAUUGAAAACUGUUAAUAUUAUUAUGGCAAUAUAUUUUCGGUAUAUACUUUUUAGGAAACUAAUAUAUUUUCGGUAUAUACUUUUUAGGAAACUAAAUAUUCUCUGCAAGUUGCGAACUUUUAUGAAGAUUUUUCACGAUGACGUUAAUAAUAAUAAUUAUUACACAGUUUAACAGAAAAAAAGACUUUAUUGAACAUUAAAAUGAGAUUAGUUAUAAUUUUUCAGAUGCUGAAUAUGAAUUUGGUUUUUGCUCCAUUACGUCAGUUUUGAGAAAUCUACAAUUAAGUUGAAAAAAAGAAUUUUUUCAUAUUAUAAUUAUACAAUAUGUAACGCGCUGGAGAAGUUAAAUUGAAAUUAAAAUUAAGUAAAUUGUUGUAACUUUCAACCUUUGAAAGAAAACCUUAUAUUUAAUGACUCAAUGAAUAUUUUAUUAAUUAGAACCAACAUAAAAAACUUCUUUUGUGUUGAUUAUGGUCGGUAUUCAUAGUCGAAUUUCAAGAUUGUCCCAAGCAAUAUCUUAAGAUCCUAAUACAGCUCUGUGAUUGGUUGAUAGCAUCUUAAGGCAGUAUUUAAGAUGAUUUUAAAUAUAAGACCUGACUAUGAAUACGGGCUUUUAUGAUUAAUAAUUAAGAUAUUCAUGGAAUCAUUGAAAGGUAUGUGAAACAUCCUUAUAUAUAAUUUUUUGCAAAAAUUUAAACAUGAUUUAGUUUUUGUUGGUUAUAUUCGGCUAUUUUAAAUUCGUCAAUUUUACUAUUAUAUAUAUUUAUUGUUUCCCUUAGGGUUACAAUUAUACUUACAAUUACACUAUAACAUUAUAUACAUUUGUAUUUUUAUCAUUACAUCUAUACUGUACAUAUAUGAUUACAUCUACAAUAUACAUACGCCGUGUCCUACAACGCAAUACCUCUUCUUUCCUCUUCCUUCCCUAUCUUCUCUUUUCGUUGCUCACAUCGCUUGCCUAUUUCUCUACCUAUUUUCUACUUGCUUAUCUAUCGCCAUCUCAUUUUUAACAAUUAUCUCGCCAUCGCCAUGUCUCUCCACCCUAUUAUUCCCUAGCCUGCCUUCUACCUCUUCGGGACUUCCGCUUCCGUUUACAUUUUUAUCUAUUUUUUACUCACUCUUCAUACUCGCAUUUACUCUCCCUUCCCUCAGCCAUCUUUUUCCUCAUCUUCUUCUCCAUUUCUCUCAUCCAUCCCUCUCCUCCUCCAUCAUCCGCUAAUAUCCUUCCCACCUCAUACUGCCAACUUCCCUCUCCCCUCUCCCUCCAAAAUCUGCACCUCUUCCAAAUAUGCUCCCAAAUAGUCUCCUCCUCUUCUUUGCAUAGUCUACAUAAUUUCUUUUUAUCCUCCUCUCAAUAGCUAUCUUCUCUUGUUUCAUUUUCCAACCUAAAUCUAGCUCUUUUCCAUUUAGUUUUCCCUCACCCCUUCUUCAAAUAUUUCAGAAUUCUCUCUCCUUUUACCUAUUUAUAGUACCUGCUAAAUUUCCGAUUUCGUAUUUUUUCUCACCUUUCUUUCUUUUGUAUUCUUUUUUUCGUCCUACUGUCUUUCUCUUCCCAAUUCAUCGUCCCCUUCUCUCCCUCCCCCUCCUUGUCUCCUCCCAUUUUUUUAUUGCUAUUCCUUUAUCUUCAAAAAGUUUCUUUCCAUCUUCCACUUUGUCCUCUCCCCUUUAGUACUCUUUCCCUUAUUUCUCCUAAUCAGCUCCUAGCCAGAACCCUACCUCCUCCUUUUAAUAAUCUCUUUAUACCUACAUGUCCUUUUCCCUGCUUCUCUCCUCAUUUUUCCCUUCUGAAGUUCUUCUCUGACCAAAUAUCCCGGUGUUCUUUUCUCUACUCCUAACACUCACCUCAAAUACUUUUCCUGUAGCCUUUCUAGAUUCUCCUUCUCCUUCCACACCCAAAUCUCUACCCCAUAGCUCGCUACCGUCCCCACGAACUUGUCGAAUAGCCAAAUCCUCUUUUUCCAAUCCUUACCGAACCUCCUUUUUUUUAUCCCCCAUACCUGUCCCAUUACCCUCGCCGCCUUCUCUACUCUAUCCUUUACUUGCGCCUCCUGCCCUCCGUUUCUUUUAUAUUUGUAUUUUAGAUAAAUGCAUUCUUUUACCUCCUCCAUUUUCCUACCUUUCCAAUACCAGUUCGCUUUGCAAUUCCUAUCCCCUCCUUUCCUGAAUUUCAUUAUCUUCGAUUUCUUUGCAUUUAACUCUAAUCUUCUUUUCUCUAAAUAUUUCUCUAAUCUAUCAUACUUCUACAAACCUAUCAUACUUCUCAUGCUCAAUUGUUCCUCUGCUAACAUUACAUCUGCAUACAUCAGCGUGUGUAUCUUCUCUUCCCCUAGCCUCACUCCUCCCCACUUGACUUUUUCUAGUUCCUCCUCGAAAUCUGUUAUUAACAUGUUAAAUAAAAUGGGGCUUAGUGGGCAUCCUUGUCUCAGUCCUCUCGCCGUCCAGAAACUAUCACUAAGUUUACUUUUAAUUUUCACCCUACUUUUCGUUUCUCUUAGUACCUCCUCUGUCCUCUCCACUAGUCCCUCCCUUAUCCCCCUUCCCCUCAUUGCCUUUAUUACUUCCCUCUAUCUACCGAAUCGAAUGCUGCCUUCAAAUCUACAAAAAAUGCUAUUAACUUUCCUCCUUUCCUACUAAUUUCCCUGUUACCAAAUAAUUUAAUACGUAAAUGUUGUUUAUUGUUCCCAUCCUCUUCCUAAACCCUGUCUGUUUUGGCGGGAUAUCAUCGCUCCCUCUUCAAUUUCCUCUGCCAUACCUGUUUGUCCGUUACCGUUUCUUCGACCUCCUUUUUCCAUCUUUUGUGCUUUCUUCUUUGUGCUUCUUUGUGCCCUUCUCUUCUGCUUUUUUCUUAUUGCAUAGCUCCUUAUAUUCUUUCCUCCUCUCCCUGUAUAUUUCUCCUUUUAUUUUAUCUUUUUUCCACUCUCUUAACCUCUUUCUUAUCUCUCUCUUUUUUAUUGCGCACUCCGUGUCCUACCACUCUUUCCUUCUCACUUUUUCUCUCCUCCUCUCCUCUACUGAUUCCUUCAAAAUAUUCCUAAUCUUCUCCACCUCAUUCACCGUCUUUUGAAUAUCCUCUCCUCCUCAUUCCAUGUCCUUCAAACCUUAUCUGAAUUUUUCCCUUUUCAUCUUAUCCCAUCGUCAAUUUUACUAUUGAAUUUGUAUUCAGUAUCAUGAAAGACUUGUACAUAGGUCUAGUUUACACCGCACGACCUGACCUAUGCCCUGACCUAUACCGCGACCUAAGAUAGGCUAGUAACAAAUUGUUUACACCGUGCAGACCUAUACAUAAGUUUGGACUAAUGUAGGUAAGUAGUUUAUAUGUGUAUGCUAUAAAGCAGACCCAUCUAUUAGCAUUUGCUGGUACACUUACUCGCUUUAUAGUACACCACCGUUUACACGCGUUAUGUUGUGUGGCCUAAAAUGGGUCAGGGAUCGUGAAAAAGUGACCUGACCCAAACAAGUUCGCGAGUGUUUACAUCGUUGUGACCUAUCGUGUUUGGGUCAAAUAUAGUGUAUAGGUCGCGGACUAAACGUACGGUGUAAACGUGCUUCUAAAUAUUUACAAAAAUUUGGAAAUUUUUUAAAAAUUUUACUAUCCACUAUAUUAAAUUCAUUUUGAAUUUGUUAAUUUUAAUAUUAAAUUCGUGUAUUUAGCAACCUAAACGAAUUUUAAGUUUAAAGAAAUGUAAUUAGAAUCCAUUGUACAUAACUGAAAGCUUUUUCGCAAUAAAAUAAAUCCUGUAUUUAAACACAAACAUAUUAAUCCGACGUAAACCAAAAAAUUUAAAAGAAACAUUCUAACAACAUAUUUUUAUUGCAAUAAAACUUCUCUAACACGUCACAUAUAAUAACUAUAGUAUAAUGAAGUAUCCGAAAAUAGCUUUUUUGCAAUUGUAAAGUUCAAAAUUAUGUGAUGAAGCAAUUGGAAAUUUUUGUUAAGUGUUCAAAAAACUACAGAAAAUGAUUAAUCGUGUUGUUUUUUUAUUUGUUGAACUGUGUUAUCGUUAGUGUAGGGAGCCUCUGAGGGAGAGAGCAAACUGAUCACGUGACUGCGUGCUUAACGCCCGGAUCGAAUCAGAAGAGACGCGAUUUGUUACUUUUUCCCUCAGAGGCCUCUACGUUAGUAAUACCUUUUUAUCGAUCUAUAAUUUCGUAGUUGUAGUUAUCGUUUCUAAGUACUGAGCUGGGCACAAACUCAAUGUGUAAAGUACUUUUGUCUACACUUGCUUUUAUGUUAGUAGACAUCGGAUUAUAUGUACAAUUAAAAUGCUAAAAUAUGCAUGCAAAUAUGCACGAAAAAAGGCCAAAAUAUGCACAAAAUAUGUAUCAUCAAAAAAGAAACAACUUAGUUUGAGGUCUAUAUUUUAUUGCUUAAACAUCAAAUUGAACCAAUACAAAUUGAAUUACUUCUUUAAAUUAAACAAAAAUAUUUGGAAAAUGAACGAAUUAUGAGAAAAUAAAUAAACCAUUUGUACAAACUAAUUAUAUCAUAAUUCUUAUGACGAUACACUAUAAUAUACUUUUUUAAACUUUCUAAACUUAGUAUAGUUCUAGUUCUAAAUAAAACCUUCGGCACACGAUACAAUUUUUCAUGCUAGAUCGCAUACGAGGCAUCUUAAUACGUGUCCUGAUUGGCUCGGAUGAUUAUGUCACCAAUGGUAAGCCAAUGAGGAUACGUAGUAAGACGUCUUGUAUGCGAUCUAGCAUGAAAAAGUGCAUCGUGUGCCGAAGACUUAAUUCUGUAGAACUCUAUUCGCAAGUCAUCAUAUCCGCGUGAUCGGCGCGCAUUUUACGCGCCUAUUUCAAAUUUCUAUACUUAUAAAAUUUUAGCGUUUUAUACAGAAAUAUGGAGAAGAAUCCGAUAACUCACAAUGCCAAUUGGCUAAUUAAAUAUAAAAUCUAGUCUAGCAGUAAAUCUUUAGGCAUCGUCCGAUAUGAGUGGAUGUGUGUUAUCGGAAUGUGUGCUAACGGGAUUCUUUUGAAAUAUGCACUUUAAAUAAAAAAAAGUAUUAUAUGCAAAAUGCUACGAACAGCCCAUUAUAUGCAUUUUGCAAAUAUGCAAAUGCAUAUAAUCCAAUGUCUAGUUAUGAAUAACAAUACAGUAAAGCUACGUUAUGACAAGGGUAUAUUAUAAAACGAUUCAAGUUGUUAAAAUUAUUGUUAAUUCUCGUACCGUCUGUAUAUAAUACCGGCAAUACAUAUGAUUUACUUCGGCAAUUUGACUAAGUGAAAGUGUUACAAUACAAAUUUUAUACACUUGUACAACAUUGUACUAACAAUAAAUAAGUAAAUUGUAAAAUAUUAA